AGUAGUAGGGAUCGCCAAACGUCUUGCCGCUUCCCGCCUGAGGAAAACAACUUGAAGGACCAACACGAACUUUGCUUUGACUUAGAUUACUGUGCAUUGCAGCGAUACGAGAAUAAUACGUCACUACGCGUUUCUUUUACCUUCCCAACGCCGUUUCAGCACCUCGAUUACUGUUGGGCCCCACCUUGAGCGAAAACACACUGAGCUGUUGUUUGGCUGUCGGUUUCUGGACGCUGUUUUAGCCAGCUGAACCAACAAUUGUCCCGGUCAGCCAGCAUCUGUUGUACCCCAACUACUGCCGACCUCUUGCGUAUCAAACAACAUUUCUGUGGUUAUUUUGCGUCAUGGACAACGUUCAACACGGUGUCUCCGAAUCGACACCGCUUCUACAGCCCAACCUCAACUACGACGCCCCAAACAGGAGUCUUCCUAAGCUAAGCAAAGGCGAUGAGUGGCGGACGGCAUGGCAGCAUCACUUCUCCCAGUGGUCAGCCCUGUACGUCUGCAGCCUUUUGAUCCUCCUCGUCGACGUCCCUAACUUCCUGAGCGAAGUGCCAAAGCUGCGUAUGCUUGAGUUGGGUCUUUGCCGCGAUUACUACGCUGCAACUGACCCAAGCGUCAUCGGCCGCGACGGCUCUGUUCCCGAGCAUCUUUGCAAGGUCCACGAGAUUCAAAGCGCUCUUGCUAAGAUGAGAGGCAUUUUCGGUAUGAUUGAGGGUAUCCCUGGUCUCAUACUCGCUAUCCCAUAUGGCGUCCUGGCCGAUAGUAAGGGCCGCAGGUUGGUCACGGGCCUUAGUCUACUAGGCUUUGUACUCAGAGACAUCUGGGCUUUUACUGCACUAUUCUUUCAUCGAGUGUUUCCUGUCCGUGCUGUCUAUGCUGCGCCGGCUUUCUUGGUCCUCGGAGGAGGGUCUACUGUUAUCAGCCCCAUGAUCAUGGCCAUCAUUGCUGCUGCAAUCCCGGAAGAGUCACGAACAAGGGCUUUUUUCUGGGUGCAGGUUGUACUUCUCAUUACUGAGCUGAUUGCGCCACCACUCGGUGCAGUUCUCAUGAAUACAUUAGGACCGCAUUUUGCUUUCCUCACGGCCGUGCCACUUGAAGCUCUGGCCUUUGUGGUGCUCGGCUUUAUCCCCAACACAAGGGCAUCUGUUAGUGUCCUUAGCAACGACAUGGAGACUACGGAGGCAGAUCAAAGCCAAUCACAUAGCAGUCAAUGCGAAGAAGCAACAUCUGAUCCAGUUUCGUUCAAGGAAAGGGCCCUGCAGACUCUAUCACAUAUCUCACAUAAUAUCCAACACGGUGUUCAUACUUUGGGCAGUCAUAAAAGUCUGCUGGUAGGCCUUCUAGCACUGGUUGUUGCAAAGAUGGCUCGACCGAUGCUAGAACUGAUCUUGCAAUACAUGUCUGUGAGAUUUGGAUGGCCGUUGGCCAAGACAGCUUUCCUGCUCUCGAUCCAAGCCGCGGGUCAGAUUUUGCUUUUUGCUGUAGUCCUACCGCAAGUCAAUAUCUGGCUCAUCAGGAGAAUGAAGACAUCUUCAGCUGCAAAUCUCGCACUGGCUCGAGUGUCGAUUCUCCUCCUCGCUGUUGGUUCACUCUGCAUGGGUCUCGCUGCUGCUGUUCCAGCGUUUGUAAUUGCGUUUCUUGGAUAUACGCUUGGAAAUGGCUUUUCAUCCGCCUUGCGAUCUCUCCUGACAACCAUGGUACAUGGAGAUCAUCUAUCACUAUUAUUCACUGCAAUCGCCGUGUUUGAAGGUAUCUCGACCAUUGGCGCGUCACCACUCCUUGGGCUGUCAUUCUCUGUCGGCUUGGACAUUGGAGGUAUUGCUGUGAGCCUGCCGUUCUUUGUUGCUUCGGUUCUCUAUGCCCUUGCUGCAGCGCUGCUUGUUAGUGGCAUGUCCACAGAGUCUUGCUCGUCCGAAGCCUAGCGUUGAAUUUGGUGUCGAUCCUCAACAGGGUGCUAGCAUGCAUUCUGCACAACCAUUUGAAACGUGAAUUGUUAGGCCUACAAUAGAGUGAUAUCCUAGGAAUAUAUGUCAAGUCAAAAUAAAAAAGCAAUCAGGUAGUUCCGAGUCAACCUCAGCAAAAACAAUGCCACUUGCCCCGUACUGGAAUCGAACCA